CCCUGUCAACGUAAAAUGAGUAUAAUGAUACCGGAUGAAUACAUUGCAAUUGGUAAUGCACCAACAAAACUUUAUGAUGUUGGAACAAUCGAAUUGGCUGGUGAAUUUAGUGGUGAAACACGUGAUUGUAUACAUUAA